UAAAAACCUCACGUGACCUGACCUAAAAAAUAACAAACCGAGUUGACUGAGGACAAAUCUGUGACAAAACAGCUGAUAAUGAGUCAACGAGUGCCCAUUUAUCGACAAAAAAUAAUGCGAUGAACAGGUCAAGUAUCAAUGCACAGGACGACAUCAUGGAUGAGCAGACGCCUCUUCUACAGCAACGGCCUGAAGUUGAAGAAUUUGAAAAUGGAAAAGAUGAAAAUUCUGAUCACCCAAAUUCAAGGAGGAACCUCUCAACAUUUGCGGGCGUUUUCAGUCCAGUGGCAUUGUCUAUGUUUAGCACUGUGCUAUUUCUACGUUUGGGAUUUGUUGUUGGCCAAGCAGGUAUACUGGAAACAAUUGCACUAUUUUGCCUGGCCUACCUGAUCCUUGCCUUUACUAUCCUCUCAGUGUGUGCCAUUUCAACCAAUGGAGCAGUGGAAGGGGGUGGGGCAUAUUAUAUGAUAAGCCGUGCUCUUGGCCCAGAGUUUGGAGGCAGUUUAGGUCUGCUAUUCUUCUUAGCCAACAUAUUUGCAGCUGCCAUGUACAUAUCUGGAUUUGUGGAAGGGGUGUUGGAUAACUUUGGACCUGAUGGUCGUACAGUGGAAGGUGCCCUACCUAGCAACGCUUACUGGUACCCAUACCUCUAUGAAUCGAUUGUCCUCUUAUUCUGCCUUCUCGUCUGUAUUGUUGGCGGAUCCAUGUUUGCCAGGACCUGCGUCUUCAUCUUGUUUAUCUGUGUUGUCUGCAUGUUGUCUGUGAUCCUAAGUACAUUCAUCGUUGACCCUCAGUGUGUCAGCAUACCUGCAGGAAAUGUCCUCGUUUACCCCGUCCCCAGACCCAAUGGGACAAACCCGAAUGAGACACAUUGCGGAAAUUACACAGGCAUCAAUGGUGACACGUUCAUCAACAACCUUGGAGCGGGUUACUCCGAGGACUAUGAUACCUUAAAGAUGAUGUCAUUUACAACAGUCUUUGCCAUUCUCUUCAGCAGUGUAACUGGCAUCAUGAAUGGGGCAAAUAUGUCAGGAGAACUUAAGGAUCCCAGUGCUUCAAUACCCAAGGGGACUCUGCUGGCAACCUUCUUCACAUUCUGUGCCUACAUUGUCAUGGCAAUAUUUGUGGCUCUCACAUGUGACAGGUAUCUGCUGCAGAAUGACUACAACUUUCUUCAGCAGAUCAACUUUUGGCCACCAUUUGUUGUGAUUGGUGUGUUUGCAACAACUCUCUCAGCAGCACUUGGUAACUUGAUAGGAGCUUCUAGAAUAUUGGAGGCUCUGGCUAAAGAUGAUGUCUUUUGGAUGCUAUUGAGGCCUGCUACCAUAGCAACCAAGGGAGGCAAUCCUUACGUCGCAGUCAUCAUCUCUUGGUUCCUUGUCCAAGUUGUCCUUCUGAUUGGCUCGCUCAAUGCUAUUGCUCCAAUCACAUCCGUGUUCUUCCUACUUGCCUACGCUGCCACCAAUGUAGCAUGUCUUGCUCUGGAACUUGCCUCUGCUCCCAACUUCAGACCUACUUUCAACUUCUUCAGCUGGCACAGUUGCGUCCUUGGAAUAAUUGGGUCAUUAGUCAUGUGCUUCCUCGUCAACCCCAUAUACGCCUCUAUUGCGAUCAUGUUGCUGACGGUGCUGUGUGUCGUCCUUCACCUCCGCUCCAUGCCCACCAGUUGGGGCCACAUCUCUCAGGCGCUCAUCUUCCAUCAGGUCAGGAAAUACCUACUUAUGCUGGACAUGAGAAAGGACCACGUCAAAUUCUGGCGACCUCAAAUUCUGCUUUUAGUGUCCAAUCCCAGGACUUGCUGUGAGUUGAUUGACUUUGUGAACAAUAUGAAGAAAGGAGGACUUUACUUACUUGGACAUGUACAACUGGGGGACUUUGAUGAACUAGAGGCUGACCCUGUGCAAGGGGAACUUUCUGUCUGGUUGAGUCUAGUUGAUAAGCUGAAGAUUAAAGCAUUUGUAGAGCUGACAAUAGCCAAAACUGUACGCGAGGGGGUGCACCAUUUAGUUCAUUUAUCAGGGCUGGGUGGUAUGAAACCUAACACAAUCUGCCUUGGUUUCUAUGACAACUCCAUCCCAGAAGACUCAAUAGUUAAGCACAAAGGAAGAGGUCAAAGAAGGAGGAUCAAAUUCCCAUUGUUUGAUGAAAGUGGAGAUUGGACAUUUGAAGAUAAUUUUCCUGAUUUACGAAAGUAUGGUGAGUCUAAAGAUCUUUCCAUUGAGGAGUAUAUCCAUAUUGUAGCAGAUGCAGUGAAAUUUAAGAAAAAUGUCUGCCUUUGUAGACAUUUCCAUCGUAUGGACAAAGACACGAUUAUGAAAUCCAAAAAUCCUAUGUUUAUUGAUGUCUGGCCAGUGAACUUCUUCUGGCCCAAGAGAGUGGGAGAAUAUGAUAACACCAGUCUGUUCGUCCUUCAGCUUGCGUGUAUUCUCAAUAUGGUGUCUGGAUGGAAAAGUCACACAAUUUUGCGCAUCUUCCUGUGCAUCAACUCACAAAAUGGCGAUAGCAUCGAGAAAACCAAAGUUUUACAGGACUUGUUAGUGAAACUGAGGAUUAAAGCUCAGAUAAAGUGCAUAUCCUGGGAGCAUGUAGCGUGUUUAUCUGACCAAUCAGAGGCUGAGGCUGAUCAAAUACAAGAUGACCAAAUAAGGCUUGCUGCAGGCUCCAAUGAUAACCAGCUUAGUGUAUUUGAGCAUACUCCUGAUGAGUAUUUACGUAAUGUUAAUGAUAUGAUUAAAAUGCAAACUGAUAACACAGCAGUGACCUUUAUGUACUUACCUCUUCCACCUCAGUCUAUAGGAGGAUAUAAGAGAUACCACGAGUGCCUAGACAUGCUUACUGUAGACCUCCCUCCAACAGUUUUGGUACAUGGUAUACAUCCAGUAACAUCAACCACCCUAUAGUCUGGA